GCUGGUGGUGGCGCCGGACAGAGCUGGUGUGAGUGCUGGUCAGUGCUGGUCCUGGCGCCUGUUUGUGCUAGUGUGGACAGACUGAGUUCACUCGAGUGUGUCGGCUGUCACAGGGGCCACUGAGUGCAGGAAGGAUCAGUGCUUGGACUCGGGACUCUAUGGCGUGAGGACUAUUUGUCAGUGGAUUCGAAGAACAGAUAACUUUCUGGGUGAUGGACAUUUAGUGUGCUGGACUUGAUGAGGUGCGAUGACUUUUGUGGAGUGGAACACGCCAUUGAAGGACUUCAAGUGCGUAUGAGGUCACUGGAUUAUUGACUGCUUCUUUUUUAUCAUUAGUGGAUCGGUGCUAGUGCAGGGCUAGUUAAACAAAUAUCUCACCAUGGGAUCGUUACGGAAUCUAUUCAAGAACACUCUGCCGUCGUUAGCCUCGCUAUGGCCGGACAACAGCAACGACCGAGACGCAGAACGGCCCGACGGAGCUACCGACGACCUCUACAGCCGGGUACAGAAGCGCGAGAGCACAUACGAGAUGAUGCGAGAGUGCCCGGAGAUCAUAGAAGAAGUCGUGGAGAUGCGGUACAACACGGGGACGAUCGUAAAGCCGCAUCUUCGAGGCGGUGGUCACGGGAAACUCUCGGCACAGGAGCUGUUUGAGAUCCCGCUGGACGAACACGCUGACGCUAAGGAGGGUGGGAGCGACAGCGGAGUCUCGUCCAAGACGAGUGAGAACGGUGAUCUGUACGCUGUCCCGCGGAGGAAGUCUCGUAAUGCGCCGCAGCCACCCGCCUCACUUCCAGCCAUUACUGGAUCGUACAAGAAGUCCGAAAGGGCUGGCUCAUCCGGUGUCUAUGAAAGUCCGAUGGGCUCAUUGGGAAUGUUUGAAAAUCCGUCCCUAUCAGGACCCGUGUCGGACCUGUCAAUGACUGGGAUGUACGAGAAUCCCCUCAUUGCAUCCGAAACUUUCUAUGCCAAUGCUAAUAUUGUCGAAGAGGCAGAAAGAUCAGACCAGCUGGCGCCAAGACACAUAAGCGACUUUGGUGGCGAGAGAAUCAAGAAGAAGCCUAUGCCUUCACCAAAGCCGGAGUCACUGAUGAUUAUAGCAGCAGAGAAUGCAGCUUUUAAGCCCUCUUCUUUGAAGGCAGGUUCACUACGAGCCGCGCCAAAAACAGUGGCAUUUGUAUCUCCAGCUUUCGGGGAGGACAUCACUAAACACAAAACGCGAAGCCUGCAGAAUCUGCAGCAGUGCUUCGCUGAAAUCGAGAUCCCAAAGCCGAGGAUCAAGGCCAAGAAGAGCUUCCGGCUACACCCAAAGCCGCAGUCCGAGAUGACGCCGGAGGAACUGGCGGCAUCGGCAAACGGCACUCCUCUUCAGAAAUCCAUCAACGACAAUUUCGUGCUGCGUCCAGCACGGCGCUUUGUGCGUCGCCAGCCGUCGUUUAGACCUCCGAACGGAGACAAACGGGACAUCCUGAACGACUCAAUCGACGGCGGUGAGGUUGACGAAGCCGACGACGGCGACGAUCAGGACGACGACCUGCUCGUCACCGGCUCUGACGAUGACCACGAAGAGGACAUGGACAACGACGAGCUGGAGAUCGACGCAGCCAUUGAUGAGGCGCUGGAGGCUGAGUCGAUGGCAGGCAGCCUGCGCCUGCCGCAGCGCAGCGUCAGCGCUGAUGGACAUGCAUCGCUGUUGCCGCUAGAGCCGCUGUACGCCAACCGUCAGGAUGUGCGUCAGGGUCUGAUCGAGGACCUUCGUCAGCGGCAGCAGGAGCUGGAACUGGCGGCACGAGAGGGUACCGAUGACGCGAUCAGCACGACCGGCAGCGUGGCCAACAGCGAUCUGUUCCGAGCCGUGCCGAUCGAGAUUACCAGCAUGGAUACGCUGCCGAAGAAAGGUGGCAGAGAAUCGCGGCAGCGCGAUGAUGACGAUGACGAGCCAGUGGAUGACAGGAAGCAGCAGGAUCAGCAUAAUCGUUCCCGAGAUAAAACAGAGUCCGAGAACGCGCUGGAUGAGAUAGUCCCGGCACCAGAUCAGCAGCAGGACGGUACUGUCGCAGUCGUGACUCCACCACCUUUCCCGCCGGAAACGUACAUCACCCUGAACCUGAAGGACCACCGGUCUCCUCGUGCCGGGGCGCCAGCCCCUCCGGCCUACCGGAAGGCCAAGCUGCGGAAGGCCUCCUCAAUGUCAGAUCUUCUCCCGACUCUGUUCGGCAGCCGGGAGCCGGCCAAGCUUCCUGCCACCAUGUCGCUCAACACGGCCACACGACUGGAGGCGGCACAUCGCAGCCUGCGGGAUCACGCGAAGGAGGCGUCUCGUCAGUCGCGUCCCCCUUCGGCGGCCUCGUCCGCCUACCUGACCGCCUGGCUGACCGUGGCUGCCGCCCUGACGGUGCUAAGACGGUGGGCGGUGGCGGCUGGUGGCGCGGUGGGAGGACUGGUUGGACGAGCUGCUUCCCCGGUAGUAGACUGGGUCGGUAUGAAGUACAUGACCGUGCACAGGAACCAUCCGUGGCUGCCCGACCUCGUAUCCCAGCCGGAUCUCGACUAUUGGGUGCGACGCACCAAAAAGGGAAGCAAUGGGUUCGAGGAGCUGCGCAAGUACAUCAAACAUGGUGGCGAUUUCUGCAAGGAGCUGGCCGUCAUCCUGCAGGAGAGAUCUGACCUGGAGGUUAGCUACGCCAAGAGUCUGCAGAAGCUGUCGUCGAAGCUGCUGAAGGCCUCCAAGGAGGGGCUGGGCAGCGUCAAUCAGGCCUGGCAGAUGGUGGGCGCUGAAAUGGAGUACGAAGCCGACGUGCACAAGACGAUGGCGGUGACGUUCACCGAGGAGCUGGUGAAGCCGCUGAAGGGCCUGAUCGACACCCAGUACAAGGUGCGCAAGUCCGUGGAGGGCAUGGUGGACAAAACGGCCAAGAACCUGGCCGAGUGGCGCUCGGCGGAGGCCAAGGCCAAGAAGAUGUCGUACCAGUGCGCCCGGGAGAAUGAGAAGGCCGAGGAGCUGGCGCUGGACGUCCGGCUCGGACGGGGCAAGCAGCUCAGCGACAAGGAAAUCAACAAGGUGGAGAACCGGCGGCAGAAGACGGGUAACGCCAUGACCAAAGCUGACACCGACUACUACACAUUCUGUCUGCGAGGGGAGCGCGCCAGACUCGAGUGGGAGACGGCCGUCAACAAGGGCAGUCAGUGCUUCCAGGCGCUGGAGGAGGAGCGGCUGGUCCGGCUGCGAUCAGCCGUCCAGGCCUACCACCAGAACAUGCGCUCGCUGGGACCCAAAAUGAUGCAGAGCGCCGACCGCCUCUCUGAGCCGAUCCAGUGCGCCGACGUCAACCGUGACGUGCAGACGGUCAUCAACGUCAAGGGCUCCGGGCACAACAUCCCCGAGCAGCUGCUGCCUGACUUCUACGCCGAGGACAUGACCAACGUCAUGAACCGGGAGAGGAGGAAGAAGGCUCUGGAGCAGUUUCUCCAUCUGAUCCGCUCGGGAGUGGAACGGGAACGGAGAGGAAAGCACGGCGUCGAAAACCUGGCCAAGGCCAUCCAGGAGACGCCGCACUUUGGCAGCGAGGGCUCCAAGAAGGAUGUCCAUGAGAAACUGCAGCACACUCGGGCGCUGCUCGCCUACCUGGAGGCGAGUCGGUACAAACUGCAGGUGGCGCUGGCGGAGCUCGAGGGGCAGCCGAGGCCUCAGCACCCGCUCCGGAAGCACAUCGAGUACCACAAGGAUCGCCAGGGCAUGACGCAAACCAUACUCAAGGUGCCAGCGUGGGUGGCGCUCGAGCCCUUGGAUCUCUCGCCAGAGAGCUCUCCCACGUGGGCGGCCGACCGAGGCAAGGCCGACGGCACCUCCCACCAGCCCGACUCGGACUUCGACGAGUUCAGCAGUCAGGGUGACGAGCGCGACUACCAGUCGGCGGUGACGGGCGGCGGGCCGGCGCCGGACGGCGGCGCCUCUCCGCCCGCCGACAGCGGCGGCGGCAGCGCCAGCAGCGACCAGCUCACCGUAUCGCCGUCGCCGGUCGAGCCGGGCCUGGCGCCGGCCGUCGGCAGGUGUAAGGUCCAGUACGACUACACGGCCAACAUGUACGACGAGCUCACCAUCAAGGCCGGUGACCUGAUCAACAUCCACGACAAACAGGAGGACGGCUGGUGGUUGGGCGAGCUGAACGGCACGGUCGGCAUCUUCCCGGCCACCUACGUCCUAGAACUCAGCGGGUCGUGAUUCGUGACUCGUGACACUCAGCGUACUUCGUGAUUCGUGAAAUAUGGCGUGAUCCGUGACGUGUGGCGCAGUGUGGUCCGUUAUACAUGACCUGCCCGUGAUUCGUGAGUCGUGAUUCACGGCAUGAUCCGUUAUACAGGGCCGUGAUUCGUUAUUAGAGACGUGACCCGUGACUCGGCAUUCACGGCACAGUCCGUGAAUUACAAUGUGCUGCCAGAGGUUCACGACGGGAUACAUACCCGUGAAAUGGUUGAUUCAUGGCCUGUGAUCCGUGACUCGUAAGUUUCGUGACUCAUGUUCCGUGACCCGUGUGUUUAGAUAGCCGUGACUCGUGAAUUGACGCGUUUUACGCGACCGUGAGUCUUCCUUGAGCGGCGUGCCGCGGCCGCCGAGUCACCGCCGAGACCGUCCACACUGUCUCGGCAUGUGCCGCCGGCCGUGACGUGACCGUAACGUCACCGGGACGUGACCGUUAGGUCACCGUGGCAUGCCGUGACGCGUCUACAGACGAGACGCUACCGGACUCGGGGGCGUCACGAAGUCGGAUCGCUCCACAGAGCCACCGCGUGUCGUCGGUUCGCGCACGGAUCCCGCGGUUAAAAACGCUCUCUGACGGAUGAUAUGACGUUAAGUGACGUGGAUCGCAGCGACAUCAGGGUGACGUGAAACGCCGUGACAUCAGUGACGUAGAGUGACGUCGGGUGCGUGGAGUGCAGUGAAACCGGGAGCGCGCCGCUCCGUCGAGGGCAGAACGUUUUACACGGUGAUAAUGUAGUAUAUGAAGUGAAGCGCCGACUGCCCCUGUCGGACAUGCUUACAGAGAAAUUGCGGGGACUGUGCAGUGUGCAAACCAUGUUACGCUAGGUCAUGUUGUUUAUUAAAACUAACCGCGCGCGUGCGUAUCGCUUCAUCCAUGUUAUAGUGACCAUUUGCAUAUGCUAAACAGAGUACGAGUGUUUUGUACAGACAAUAUACAGUAUUGAAUUAA